AUGGCGAAUAAUCAGCAUAAUCAGAUAGCUAAUCUAUCACAAAUUAUUAUUUCAAAUAACUUACAUCAAUUGGAUCCUAAAGAUGUACAAGUUUUUGCGCUAAGUUGGAAUAAACCCCAAACUAUGUCUGGAUAUGAUGCGCUGGAGCUUAAAAUUACACCAAUUUGUAAAAACACUCUUAAUAUUAUCAAUCUCGAAAUUAUUGAACAAAUUGCACAUUACAUAUGGGAAUAUUUUACUACACUUGAAGAACAGGAUAUUCACACAAAUAUUGCCUUCCGUGUAAAUGAAUACAAAAGGGCGAAUUGCAACAUCUUUGGGCCACAAGCUCCAGGUUUAUUGAGACAUCGCGGAGUUGAGAAAACAGAACCAGAAGACUUGUCAAUGAGACCUAUUGAACAUACAGAUGAAUCGGAUGCUCUCUUCCAUGGCUGUGACUUUCCCUAG